AACGCCUAUAGCCCGUUUGAUUUCAAAAUGUGGCGUCAUAGCGCCAGGUGGUCGCUAUUCAGUUGUUUGCUUGUCGUUUACGUUAUUCGCUUCACAUCAGCCACGCUUGUCGAUUCGCAAAACAGUGAUUUUUCUCACAAACCAAAUGGCACCUUCGAACUUCCCGAUCUUGUUCAAGUGGACCGUUCUGACCCAUCUUCUAACCAAACUAAUCCUGUAUUCGCAAGCCAACAUAAUCCAACAAACACAACUGAUAGUUUGACAUCAGAUCCAUUCAAUCCUAAUCGUUUGAAGAAACGAUGGUCCACGGAUUAUGGCACAUCACAGGCUGAACGUCGAACAUUCUAUCCUAUAAAGGCGCAUCGUCCUCAACCCAACAACGGCCUACCGUUCAAAGGCUACCGGCCACCGAAGGCACCACAUAUUGGCUAUCCUGCAGCCAGACCACCUUACCAGCCGCAGCCCAUUCGGCCCACUCCACCUCCUCAUAAUUAUGGCGUACCCAAACCAACUGGAUAUCCAGCAUCUAAUUAUAAUCAGCAAGAGAUAUACAUCACAUAUCCACCAGCUACAACCAUUCGCUACCCUCAAACACCGGGCAAUAACAAUUUAGGUGGGUCUUACGGGCCGGUCAUUACGCCGAGUUAUGUUACAACCAUUCCCGUAACGAACGUGGGCUAUCGCCCUCCAAAACCUAUGCCACCUUAUGUUCCAAGCCAACCGAUUUACGAAAUUCCCACGUCUUAUCCGAAUCCCAGCUACGUCACAAACAAACCCGAUUAUUACGUUCCAUCGACAACUCCAGCUCCGUACAUUACACCGAACCCGCUGUACCCUUUACCAUUAGAUCAAGGUGUUUAUCCAGGCUAUCCGGUAUCACCAAGUGGUAGCGGAUCGUACAAUCCCGGUUCGGGUUAUCCAUCGCCUUCAUUAGGAACUACCGAUUUACAUCAACCUCACUAUCCGGUGCCACCGUCAUCAGGAUACCCUAGUUAUCCAGCGUCCAGUGGAGGAUCCUACCACGAGUCAGGCCCAGUUGGUUCACCUCCUCCAAUUUUCGUGUUCAUUCCCAAACCGGGCUACUACAAUACCCACUAUUCAAACUCUAAGCCAGGUCAUUAUCAUAAACCAAGUGGGACAUAUCCAGUUCAUUACCAUUCAACACCGAGGCCUUCAGGAAUCAGCAACGGCCAAUACUAUCCAGCACCGAUACCCAUCAAACCUCCGAAACCUAUCAGUGUAUAUCCACCGGCCAAGGCGCCUAGUACGGCGUACGGUUUACCUAAACCUCAACGUCCCCCACAACACCAUCAGACUUCUUCGUAUUCUGGCAAAGUUGGAGCUGGAACUACUCCGCCCAACUAUAACAGCGCGCGUUAUCCCAUUGAAAACCAACUGAAUAUUCAACCUAGUUAUGAUAAUAACAAAGGUGGUAUACUGGCAACACAACUGCAUCAAUUAACUACUCCAUCCACAUUCCAAUCGAUAACACCAGCUCAGCCCAGUGUGUUCCAGAGGGGUAACAUUAGUCCUCGACCUGCUAACUCUCAAGCAUUACAUUCGACAGUCAUUCACGAUUUCAUUGCUCUACCAGACAAAAGUGGUGAACAGUUCGAUGGCUUUAAUAGACAGAAUAAGAGCUGGUUAUUCAGUGCCGAAUCAAGUCAAGUUUUGGCUGUUACUGAAUUCCCUAGCAUCGGCCACUUGCCUUACUAUCCAGAUGAAUUUCGUAUACCUUUUCAAUCGGCCAACAAUCGUCCGAUUAAAAACGAUUGCGGGGGAUCAUGGAUCGUUCUUAAUCGUCCCACAUCGAAGAAUGUAGAUCCUACCCAAGUACAGGUAGAACCGAUUUAUCUAUCGGCACAGGAAGCUCCAAACAGCGGAUUUUCGAGUCUUAACAGUCAGUUCUUCCGCAGCCCGAAAGAAGCGGAUAAUUCAAUUCCAACUUUGCCUCCAAAAGUAAACGAGCUAUCCGUAGUAGACACAAGCACCGCUUAUGAAUCAUACGUUCCAGAUUUUUUAAUUUUCGCAACGACUCCGUACCCCGAAUUGCCUUCCACCACAACAGAAAGAAUAUGGAGGAAACCUAAUAGUUUGACCUCAUCGGUUUCAUUCUUUCCAAGUCCAUCAAUUCCAGAUGAUCUUGUCACAUCCUCCGAGCAACGAUCCUCCAGUAGUGGAAUAACCAUCAUCAUUCCCGAAUCCAACGAUCCUGUUAAAACCUUAACAUCAACUGAAAACUCCAUCAUUUUAUCGCUGAACGCCAACAAUUUGCAAGACGAUAAUUCCGAUGAAAUCGAACAAGGAAAGCGCAAUAGUCCGUCUCCCUUUUUAGCUACCGUUUUUUCUUCCAUUAAUAAAGAAAAUGAUGACGAUGAUGGCGAAAGCGCUGUUAACGAAACGACUGACAACAACCUGGGAACUAAUGCGGACGCGUCCAGCACGGAGGAUUCACUUACUCGUCAUCUGCGAUCUGCUAAUCUCAGAGUUCUAUCCUCUUUGAUAAACCAAGCGGAUAUCGCAUCCCUCUUUCAAGAUAAAGAGUACACUCUGAUGGCACCGAGCAAUGCAGCGUUUAAUAAAAUUUCUGCUGGCCAGCGAAGGCGAUGGAUCACGCGUCCAGAUUCACUACGAGAAGUAUUGUUGAAUCACGUUAUUCCUAAUCACCUUAACUCGUCUUCAUUCGAAAACGAAGCGACUCACGUUACAUUGGCUGGCUCGCAUCGACUGAGGUUCAACAUUUACAACGCCACGGAGAAUAGGGAUACCGUAACGACAGUCAACGGUGCCCGGUUCUUAACGAACGAUCUACGUAUAGGCAAACUGUUGGUGCAUAUCGUCGAUCGUGUUCUAAUGCCGAGCCCUACUCCUUCACAAACCAUAUUAGACAUCCUCAAUGACGGCGGUAGGUUCCAGAUAGGUUUACAAGCUUCGCUAUUGGGUCCCGCACUCACGAGGGUCUUGUCGUCUGAUUCUCCGCUGUCUGUCUUCGUCCCGACAACUGAGGCAUUUUUGAGCAUCAGCCAAGAUGAGCAGCGCCUAUUCCUGAACAACGAAACAGCAUUUCACAAUCUGCUAUGGUACCACAUCGUUCCUGGAACUUAUUACAGUGAAGGUCUGGAGGCCGGCCAGUGGCUGUCCACCUUGCACGGUGUCGGACGUCUACGUGUCGAGCUCACGCGCCAAAACAGAAAAAGUAAAUUGGAGAGGAUCAACGGAGAAGCGAACGUGAUCGAGAGCGACGUGAGUGCCACCAACGGAGUAGUCCACUUUAUCGACCGCAUCCUUACCGAUAUCCUCUUCUAGAAGACUAAACUUGGGCCCAAACGAGCAUUCCCAUCUCCGUUUGUUUGCUUCAAUUCCUUCUUUUUUUUAUUUUUUUUUUCAUGUUUAUGUUUAUUUUCACGCCUCUACUCGACUUUUCUUUUCCUCCCCCCCAAAGUACGGGUGUACAGUAUUACGGUAUACAUUUGGUUCGUGGCAGUUUGAAAGCAGCACGAAAGUC